UAGCGGCAAAAACCAGGAAGAAAAAUAAAAACACCGCAGAAGAAGAAUAGCGAGCAACGUUUCGCUGCAGUUCUUUAAUAAGUUUUAACAUUUCAAAUGAGCACACAGUCUUAUUUCCCCGUACCACCGGGGGUGGGGAUGGAAGAAAACUUUCUUUCUCUCGAUGAUAUUUUGCUCUCUCACGAACGGCUGCCUGUCCGGACGGAGUGCUCCUUUCCCCGGCUCGGAUUCCUGGAGAGGUCGAGCGACGCGCACGACAUCCCGGAGGGUACAAAGAUGGAGCUUCCUCUGUGGCUGUCCAAGGGUUUGUACGAGAGGAAGAGGAAGGUGCUGUCUGUGGAUCUUCCUAAAGUGUACAAAGAGGGUUGGAGGACCGUGUUCACAGCCGACCCCUGCGUGGUAGACCUGCAUAAGAUGGGGCCCUACUAUUAUGGUCUAGGAUCCCAGAUUUUGCACUUUGACAGUCCAGAGAACUCUGACAUAGCUCAGGCUCUGCUGCAGACGUUCAUCGGCCGGUUCCGACGAACCAUGGACUCCUCCCAGAACGCCUACAACGAGGACACGUCUGCUCUGGUGGAGCGUCUGGACAGCCUGGAAAAGGCUUUAUUCAGGUCCGGCCAGAACGGUCUGAACAGCUUCCAAAGCUGGGAGAAGGGUCAGGCCUCGCAGCUCACCGCUUCCAGCCUGGUUCUCAACUAUCGCAAGAGGAAACUUGCUGAUGUUCAGACCUGAACUCUGACCUAGACAGGAAGCUGAUCAAAUCUGAGCCUGAGCAGGAACAGACUCUUCUUCCAUUAUUCCCAUUGAAUAACGAUCAGUUGAUCUAUGAAUAUUGAGUUCUCCCUGUUUUUCCAUGAAGACUACACACUUCUUGGUUCCGGUUUGAUGCAGUUUUCCCUUUGCUGUUUUCUUUCAUUCUUUUCAUGAACAGGUAGCUUUGAGUUUUCUAUUUUUUUUUCAGUGUUCAAAACAUAGAAUAUCAAAACUACAAUAAAGCCACCAAUGCUACAAAUUCACCUGUAGGUAAUAAAGGUUUAUCUUUUC